UUUGAACUGUGGCUCCGUCCCGCUCAGCCACGCUCCUCGCAACUCCUGCUGCUUAUAUCACUAUCUCCCACUCACUCUCUCUUUCUCUAUUUCUCUUUCUCUUUCUCUUUCUCAUUCUUCUUUCUCUCUCUCGUUUUUCAAAGGUAUCUUUGUAUGAUUUGAAAUAGAAUAUUGGGUUGCUCUUGUUGAAGGCACACGCACAAUGAGUAAAGUAAAUAGUAAAUUGUGUGCCAAACAUGAAGAGCGUACUGUAAGAAUUACUAGAUCAAGGGCAAGAACUUUAGGAGGAGGGGUUCCUCCUCUUCCUCCUUCAUACUCAAGACCCUCUUCUAAGAAUGAAGCGAAAAAUGUUCACAGAGCAACAAGUUCCAAAAGAGCUGUUUCUUCUUUGGAGAAUCAAACUUGUGUGCUUGCUCCUCCGCGUAAGAGAAGGGCAGUGCUUACUGAUGUUACUAACGUCACCACAAAAUCGCGUGAUACAUGUGUUAAAGAAUCAAAAUUUCAGGUCAAAGGAGUUUACCAGAAGAAAAACACAAAGAUAACUUCAAAUGUCUCCGUUGGAGUUUCUCUUUCAUCAACACAAGAGGAUGUUAAACCGAAGUUAGCUGAAGCAUUGUCUACAAUAAAGAUGGAAGAGUUAAAUGACACCAUUGCUGCAGUAACUUUGGAUAAAGAGCCAGCUGAACAUUGUAUGUCCAAUAGCAUAAGAGAACAUGUUAUGACAGACGCCACACUUUCAAUGCAAGACUCUGCGAACUCUGUUGAGUUCCCAAGCUCUCCAAACAAAGAUAUAAAUAUGACAUGUGAUAAGCAAGAAGCCUCGGAUUGCCUGACCAUUGUGGACAUUGAUAUAGAGAUGAAGGAUUCUCAAGUUUGGAGUGCUUAUGCCCCUGAUAUAUACGGCAAGGCUCGUGUUACCGAGCUUGAAAGGAAACCAUCAACCAACUACAUGGAUAAGUUGCAGCAAGAUAUUUCUCCAAACAUGCGCGGAAUUCUGGUAGAUUGGCUUGUGGAGGUUUCUGAGGAAUAUAAGUUGGUUCCAGACACUCUUUACCUUACCGUGAACCUCAUUGAUCGGUUUCUCUCAACAAAAUUGAUUCAGAAACACAGGCUCCAGUUGCUCGGCGUUACUUGCAUGUUCAUUGCAUCGAAGUACGAAGAGAUCUGUGCUCCUCGAGUUGAGGAAUUUUGCUUCAUCACUGAUAACACAUACACAAAAGAAGAGGUAGUGAGAAUGGAGAGUGAAGUUCUAAACCUUCUACGUUUUCAGUUAUGUGUUCCCACAACCAAAACAUUUCUCAGGAGAUUCAUCCAAGCAGCACAAUCUUCUUACAAGGUUCCUCGAAUUGAAUUGGAAUUCUUGGCAAAUUAUUUAGCAGAGCUCACUCUUGUUGAGUACAACUACUUACAAUUUCUACCUUCCCUUGUGGCUGCUUCUGCUGUAUUCCUUGCUAGAUGGACCCUCGACGACUCCAAACAUCCAUGGACUCCAACUCUGGAGCAUUAUACAAACUACAAAGCUUCAGAGCUAAAAAUAGUUGUUCUUGCAUUGGAAGAUCUGCAACUUAAUACCAAAGCUUGCUCCCUCAAUGCUAUUCGUGAGAAAUAUAAACAAGACAAGUUCAAUUGUGUGGCAAAACUGUCUCCAAAACCAGUGCAGUCAUUGUUCCAAGCUCAAGUGUAAAUUUUGCAUCUCUAAAGACUCAAGCAUGACUUCGGAAUUCGCGGUACAGUGAUGGUGGUGUUAUCAUCAAUUAUGAUAUAUUUUACCCUUUGUGGUACUAAUUCUCCCUUACUCUUUGUUACAUAGUUGUGUAACAUGUAAGAUGGCAUCAAUUUUUGGUUCUUCCAACCAGAUAUCCCUUGUAACAUGAUGAUACAACUCAAACAGUCAGUUGAAGUGUACUAAGAUGAAGUAAACUACUUCAUUUUGAGGUCGCCAUUAUGCAACAAAAGCCAUGUAGCUGCUUUCAGAAUUACAUACAGUUUACUUUUAGUCUUUUACUACAUUGAACUUGAUCACUUCGGUGCAAUGAAUCGAAAUGCAAGGUUCACAAGGAUUUUUACUUGAGUGGUUAUAUUAAUACUCUAUUGUAAUUUGUAAUUGUUUGAAAUUCUGAUAGCGAUGAUGUGGAAUCGAUUAAUUAACUCAGUGAAUACUUGUACAAAUUAUCUAUAA